AUGAAAAUUAUCCAGGGAUUCAAGGAGAUAUUCGGUGAUUCGAAAUUCCAUGAAUUCGAACAAUCAACAUGGAUAUCGCUGUUUUACGUGGUAUCGAGAAGGAUAUAUCACAUGCACGAUAGGUGGAUGGGUUCGGCACGGGUGGUUGCUGGCAGAGUGAGAGUGAGAGAGUCAUAUAUAUAUAGAGAGAAGGGGAAACCCGACUCGGCACUCCAAAGUACACAGCCUCCGCGUUUGCAGUGGUGUGCUUUCGGUUCCCUCUACACACGAUAUUCAUUCUUCGCGGCUUCGCGCCCGUGGUAACAGUCGGCCAUCCACGUUUCCACGUUGCACGAGGGCAGCUUCCGGAAUCAAUCUUUUCGUCAAUCGACACGGCCACUCGAACCAGCUACAACCAUGAAGCUCGCUAUAUUCGCAUUUAUAGCGAUCGGCUGUCUUAUAGCCGUGGCCAGAUCGGCAGAGGAGGAAUACGAUUACGAGGAGGAGCCAGCAGCAGCACCGGUCACCCCAGCCCCGGCCAGAUCCGGUUCCGGUAGAUUGGGAGGGCUGUUGUCCUCCCGAGGCCGAGUGAACGUCGGGAGGAAAUCAGCCGCGCCAGCCGCGCAGUCGACCACGGCGAAGGCGAUCGAGCAGCCGGCCGCCGAGGCGGAGGAGGAGGAAGAGGAGGAGCUCGAGGAUAACCAAGAGCAGGAGGAGGCGCCGACCACGACCACCGAAUCGUCCAAGAAAGUUCGCGGAGGUGUCAGACCUUUCAGGUCGAAUCAAGACCUGUUGGACGCGUUGAAGAGAAGAAGAGCUCAAGCGGGACCCAGCAGCUCUCAUCGAGACAGCCAGACUGCCACCCAAACUGCCACCGAAUCGACGACACCUAAAUCCAAAGCCACCACGCACAGCCGCAACAAAAGUAACGGCGCCACAAGCGAGACGAAAUCGACGGGACGCGGCAGGUUUGGCGGAACGAGGGGAGGCAAACCUUUGCAAGAGGAGGUGGAGGAGACUCAGCAGGAAGAGGUUCAAGUGAAACCGAAACCGUAUCGCAGAGGUUAAAUCGAAUCACUGGGAAGAUCGCGGAUUUUCCAGCUUUGUUCGACUAGCGCGGGACGAGUU